CCGCCAUUGACGGUGAGCCUCUUGCCGCCGUGCUGUCCCCUCUCUCGUUCUCUCUCGUUCUCUCUCUUUCCUUAUCCCUCCGGCAGCACUACUCUCCUAAGACCAGCAUUCAACAGAUGCCUCGUCAAAGACUCUCCAAACUGAGCGCAUUACGCUUGGUUUUCGAAGGCUUUCCCGCUGACCCAAUCAAGUGACAGCUCCCCUGAGGCUUGACGAGGAAGAGCCUGGCAUCAAUGCCGUCCUGCGCAUCUGAUGCAUGCACCACCGACCGCCGGUUGGCAAAGAUUUCUUACCUCCUCCCGCCAUCCGUCAUCGCCCGCCCCCUCGGCACAGCACCCCGGGUGAGACAUUGUUAGCAAAAUGUCUCUUAUCGACGUCUUCAUGGUUACACUGCAUCCGCAGGUCUCACCCUAGCCGCGAACAUCACGAUGCCGGAGGGGGGUGUAGCCCGUUGAUGGCCGUGGUUCGGCUGCAGUUUCUUCCGGCUACUUUGAAAAGCGGCCGAGCCGGCGGCAACCCUUCUCGGCACACGAUCGCUGUGGCACCGCCAUGGCGUACAAUGACUCGCCACAGCUACCUACUCUGGCGGUUACCUAAACCUAGUGCUUGGUGCCCGGACCAAUGUUUAAGGCGGAUGAGCCGUUGCCAAACCCGCGUGGCUGGACUGAGGCUAAAGGCAUUUCAGCCUUCUGGUGACGCUGGGAAGGUGCAGAGGGCGUGCGAGCGUUUCGGGGCGCACAGGCGGGGUACUAAGAACAGCCGUCGCAAUUGGCUCCUCGCCUCGUGGCCUACUGCGCCGCUGAGUUCAUCAAGCCCUCUGUCGGAGUCUGCGCCGCGACCAAAACAACGCGCAACAACAGGUUUGGCUCUUUGCCGUGGUCUGCCACGGUGUCUGAACGUUUCGCUUAACACUGUUUGCGUAGUCGACGCCUCUGGAUAAUGUUGACAUGACCACACCUAUUUCGAGAUGCCGACACGGCACCUGACCCUGGAUCGACACUGCUGUGACACAUCGAGACCAAGAAGCCGACCGGCCUUAGGGCUGAAAUGGCUCCGGUCGUUUUGUUGUUUGCGCAGCUUUGUAUGAAGUAAGAAGGCAAACUAGAAAUUUCCCGUUG